CUCUCUGUCAGCUACUGCACACUGUCAGCUACUGCACAGCACAGCCAUGCAAAGCAGUGUGCUUACAGUGAAGCACAAACACAGCACACAGUUAAUCGCCUCACAUGUUAACCCCUUCAUGCCCAGUGCCAUUAUUACAGUGUCAGUGCUUUUUAUUAGCACUGAUCACUGUAUUGGUGUCGCUGGGGAUGUCAGUGACACCAAGUUAGUUCCCCCCAGUGUCAGAAUCCCGCUGCAGUCCCGCUAUAAACCGCUGAUUGCUGCUAUUACUAGCAAUAAUAAAACAAAAACAAUCCAUAUAUACCGCCAUUUGUAAACGCUAUAACUUUCAUGUAAACCAAUUAAGUUA